CUUCUGGACACGGACGCGUGCGCACGCAGGAUGGCUGGCUCGUCAAGAGCUGUGAAAGCGGCCGACGCUGGCUGCGGUUUCUCGUGCACAUCACUGCCCAAGGACUACCGUUUAAUUCUGCCACCGUUGCCAUCAGGUGAAGGACUCAGACGCACACUAGUCCUGCACUGCGACAUUGCAGGGCGUCCGUACGGAAUUAACGACUUCCGAAAGCCGCUCAAGGACCUCGGCAUCAUUCAACAGGUGAGCGGUAUAGGAGCGUACCAGAUGUCACAUGUCUGGCUUCUCAAUAUCAAGACAGAUGAGGCCAAGAAGACGCUUCUGGACGCUGGCCUACUCUCUGUGAAAGACCGGCCUUGCCUCGUCGUGGAUCCAGUGAGGCAAGAGGUUCGCCUCAAGCUACACUGGGUAGCUUUUGACGUCAACGCAGAGACAAUACGGCGCGCCCUCCGGGAGUACGGUGAAGUUAGAGAGGUCAUCAGCGACAAGUGGAGGGAUGAGGAUUUCGAAGGGGUCGAGUCUACUACCCGAUUCGUCCGGCUGUUACUGAGGGAAGGUGUUACCACAGACCGUAUACCACACCAGAUGCGGCUCGGCAGCGGCACGGCGUUGGUGGUCGUGCCGGGACGACCGCCGUUGUGCCUGCGUUGCCGGAACACCGGACACAUUCGUCGAGACUGCAGGGUGCCCAGGUGCGCGGGAUGCCGUGCAUUUGGACAUGAGCAGACGGAUUGUGCUCGCUCGUACGCCAGCGCAGCGGGCCGAGGAACAACUACCGACCAAAGCGAAAUGCUCAUGGAUGAAGAGGAGGCAGAGAGGGCAGCGGCGUCUGAGGUAUCUGCGGAAGCGUCUGAUGCAACGGUGGACAGCGAAAGCAAGGAGGAAAAGACUAAGGAAGCUGCUAAGGAAACUACUGAGACGGGCACUCCUGCGCAACAAUUUUCUACUCAAGCGGACACCUCAGAAAGGUUGCAAGUUAAAGAGAUCACCACCGACGCCAGUGUGGACAUGGUGACAACGGAGACUACGCCAGCAAAGCGACGGCUGCUCGAGGGGGACGCGGCGUCGCAGCAGCGUCUGUCCCAGGAAAAGGAAGGGCAGUGGCGGGUGGCUGCAGCCAAAAAGCCCCGCGGAGCCGGCCGCUUGCGUUCGUCGUCGCUUUCUCGCGGCGACGAUGGGUCGACGCCUUGA